UGGCUCUAAAUAUUCAGAUAAAGAAUGGUAUGAAUAUAUAGAGAUGCUUCAAGUUCAUAAUAAUGAAACUUCUAGUGAGUGGAUGAAACAGAUUUUGCUUCACUUACUAUAUUUUAAGAAGAAUAAUCUAUUACCUAUUGAAAGUAAAAAAUACCUUGAAGCUAGGAGAUUAAUAAGAUUGCUGAAUGGUGGUUUAUAUGCUUCUGAAAUCAGAAUAGCAAUAUGUUUCUCUUGUGAUCAGUUAGUAUAUACUGGACAAAGAAAGAAGAAUAUAGAAAAUUAUAACCAUAUAGGAAUAGAAAGAUAUUGGAAAUUUUCAUAUACUGGUAAUAAAUACUAUGGUAUAAAUUAUGAAGAAUAUUUGAAAAUUAAACAAAAAUCUAAUUCUGAAUAUGAUUAUAACAGUAAAUAUACAUUAUAUCAAUAUGGAUUGUGA